CACAUGAAUAUUGGAUAAUAACCGAUUAAUAUCAUGGCUUCUAUGAACCCUCUAUCACUAUGCCUCAUCGAUUUCUCUGCACCCCUUCCCAUUUCCAUUCGUUCCUCAUCUUCCACGUUCCCGCUUUCUCAAACACCAUGCCACCCCAUCAAACACAGCAAGCCAAAACGCCACCACAUCUCCAAAGUGUCAUGCCACAGUAACCAAAACCAAAACAACUCAACACCAAACCAUAAAGAAGGAAAGCCAUCACACAACAACAUUGUAAGAAAAAAUAGGAGGGACGUUCUCAUUGGCUUUGGAGGACUUUAUGGUACUUCUACUCUUGGCAACAACAACAACAACCCUUUAGCCAUAGCUGCUCCAAUUUCUCCUCCUGACCUAAAUAAUUGUGGUCCACCAGAGUUACCAACUGAUGUAAAACCCACCAAUUGUUGCCCUCCAAUACCUUCUACCAUCAUAGAUUUCAACUUCCCUCCCCCUACAACACCUCUUAGGGUUAGACCAGCUUCUCAUUUGGUCAACAAUGUUUACUUAGCCAAGUAUAAGGAAGCUGUUAAGCGCAUGAAAGCCCUUCCACCCGAUGACCCUCGUAAUUUCACACAACAAGCUAAUAUCCAUUGUGCUUAUUGUGAUGGUGCCUAUAGCCAAGUAGGGUACCCUGACCUUGACCUACAAGUCCACAACUCUUGGCUAUUCUUCCCUUACCACCGUUGGUACCUUUAUUUCUACGAGAGAAUCUUGGGGAGCUUGAUUAAUGACCCUACCUUUGCUCUCCCAUUUUGGAACUGGGACAACCCUAAAGGUGGCAUGAUACUCCCUUCCAUUUAUGCAGAUAAAACUUCACCUCUUUAUAACCCUCUUAGGAGUCUUAACCACCAACCACCAACUCUCAUAGACCUAGAUUAUAACAGAAAGGAUGAUGAUGAUCCGAGUGCGAGUGAGAAUGCAAAUGACCAAGUGGCCAGCAACCUCACUAUAAUGUAUAGGAAUGUUGUCUCCAAUGGGAAGCUCCCAAGGCUCUUCCUUGGAAACCCUUACCGUGCUGGAGAUGAUCCUGACCCUGGUGCUGGCUCUCUAGAGAAUGUUCCACAUGGUCCUGUUCACUCUUGGACCGGUGAUAAGAGAGAGCCCAACCGCGAGAACAUGGGGAUAUUCUAUUCCGCUGCAAGAGACCCCAUUUUCUAUUCUCACCAUGCCAACGUGGAUAGGAUGUGGAACAUAUGGAAAACAAUACCAGGUGGAAAAAGAAGGGAUUUCACCGACCCUGAUUGGUUAGACUCUGGAUUUCUCUUCUAUGAUGAGAACAAGAAUCUUGUGCGUGUGAAGGUCAAGGAUUCCCUUGACACCAGAAAGCUAGGUUAUGUUUACCAAGAUGUUGACAUUCCAUGGCUCAAGAAUAGACCUAAACCCAAAAGAACCAAAGGUAAGAAGGUGGCAUUGGCACAAAACUUUGGUGUUGGUGUAGCACAGGCUGCUGAGACUACGUUAAGGAGUGUCGAGUUCCCUUUGACUUUGGAUUCCAAGGUAAGCACAGUUGUUAAAAGGCCAAAGCUUUUGAGGAGUAAGAAGGAGAAGGAAGAAGAGGAGGAGGUGUUGGUGAUUGAUGGAAUUGAGUUUGAUAGGAAUGAAGCUGUGAAGUUUGAUGUGUUUGUCAAUGAUGAAGAUGACAAGGUGAUAGGACCAAGCAAUACAGAGUUUGCAGGAAGCUUUGUAAGUUUGCCUCAUUCUCAUGUGCACAAAAACAAGAAGAUCAUAACUUGUCUUCGAUUGGGGUUAACGGAUUUGUUAGAAGACUUGGAAGCUGAAAAUGAUGAUAGUAUUGUGGUGACGUUGGUACCGAAAUAUGGGAAAGGACCGGUCACAAUUAAGGGCAUAAAGAUAGAGUUUGCAACCGAAUGAAAAUAUAGUAUGUUUAAUGAGAAUUUCUAUUGUAACAUGUAACCGCAAGAAAUUCGUUAAUCAACGAGGACACUAAUCUCA